UUGACUCGUUUUCUGUGGAGUGGACGCGCAGCAGAGUGCUCAUCAUGGCACCACUGGGACUAAAAGCCAUUGUUUGUGAUAAGAUAAUGAACGAUGUCAUCAAGAAGGCAAGAGAAAAAGGAAAAUGGAAGGUGCUGGUGGUGGACAAGCUGAGUAUGAGGAUGAUUUCUUCCUGCUGUAAGAUGACAGACAUCAUGUCAGAGGGAAUCACCAUUGUAGAAGACAUAACGAAGCGGCGUGAGCCUUUGCCCACCAUGGAGGCCAUCUACCUGAUCACACCCUCAGAUGAGUCUGUUGAAGCUCUGAUUGAUGACUUCAGAAAUCCACAGUCUCCGACAUACAGAGGUGCCCACGUCUUCUUCACUGACACAAUACCAGACUCCUUGUUUGGACUGUUGACCAAAUCCCGCGCCUCCAAAGCCAUGAAGGCCUUGACUGAGAUCCACAUCGCCUUUCUGCCCUAUGAAUCUCAGGUCUUCUCCCUGGAUAAAGUGGAUGCCUUUCAGGACUUCUACAGCCCCUUCAAGGCUGAUGUGAAAAACAACAUGUUGGAGCGUUGCGCUGAACAAAUUGCCACCCUCUGUGCCACACUCAAAGAGUAUCCUGGAGUCCGAUACAGAGGGGAGUACAAAGACUGUGCUGUUCUGGCCCAGAUGCUGCAGGAGAAGCUGGAUGGCUACAAGGCUGAUGACCCCACCAUGGGAGAGGGUCCAGACAAGUCCCGUUCUCAGCUCCUCAUUUUGGACCGCGGCUUUGACCCCGUGUCCCCGAUUCUGCACGAGCUCACCCUGCAGGCCAUGGCCUACGACCUGCUGGGCAUCGAGAAUGACGUCUACAAGUUCGAGACUAGCGGCAUGGGAGAGACCAGAAUUAAGGAGGUAUUACUGGAUGAGGAUGAUGACCUGUGGCUGACGCUGAGACACAAACACAUUGCUGAGGUGUCCACGGCUGUGACUCGUUCCCUGAAAGAAUUCUCCGCCAGCAAAAAGAUGAACACUGGAGAAAAGACCACCAUGAAGGAACUGUCCCAGAUGCUGAAGAAGAUGCCUCAGUAUCAGAAAGAGCUCAGCAAGUAUUCAACCCAUCUCCACCUGGCGGAGGAUUGUAUGAACCGUUACCAGGGCACCGUGGACAAACUUUGUCGUGUAGAACAGGAUCUGGCAAUGGGCACAGACGCAGAAGGAGAGAAGAUCAAGGAUCCCAUGAGGCUUAUCGUGCCCGUCCUACUGGAUGCCAAUGUCAACGUCUCAGACAAGAUCCGCAUCAUCCUGCUCUACAUCUUCUAUAAGAACGGUGUGACUGAGGAGAACCUGUGUAAGCUCCUCCAGCAUGCUAGCAUCCCACCAGAGGACAGCGACAUCAUUUCCAACAUGGCGCACAUGGGCGUUCCCAUUGUUUCUGAGGGCACGGUCGUCAAGAAAGCCAAGAAGCCCGAUCGUAAGGAGCGGGUCAGUGAACAGACCUACCAGCUCUCCAGGUGGACUCCUCUCGUCAAGGAUCUCAUUGAGGACGCAAUUGAGGACAAACUUGACCCCAAGCUGUACCCGUACAUUUCCCAGCGACAAGCAUCUGCAAAAGCCAGCGCUCCAUCAAGCGCUCGCUAUGGUAACUGGCACAAGAACAGGGGCCCCACCGAGAUAAAGACGGGGCCCAGGAUCAUCGUUUUCAUCAUCGGAGGCAUGACGUACAGCGAGAUGCGCUGCAUGUAUGAGGUCACCCAGGCCAAUGGGAAGUGGGAGGCCCUGAUUGGUUCCACCCACAUCCUCACACCCCCUAAGUACCUAAAGGAACUGCAGCACCAAGACUUCCUGGACCCCAACGCCCCGCCAGAGGGCACUGAGGAGCCGCCUGCAGAAUGAAUAGAUGCUUGGAAGUAAAUACACAAGAUCAACUGAAAUCUUCACUCCCUCUCGCCUUCUCAAAACCCUCAAAGACUUGGAGAAAGAAGCGCAGACCAGUUAAGAACAUCCUGUUGUAGCCCUCGUAUGGCAGGAACACCGAGCUACGACUCCCUGUUCCCUCCCCUCUCCUUUCCCUCCCAGCGUGACACAUCAGCUAUACUUUGCGUUGCAUACAGUUCAGGUAAAAACUCGUGAGUCAAGCUGUUGUAAACCACCACGUGUUAAAGUUUGUGAGCGUGUUCCAUGCUGAGGUCACUGAAAGCGAUCUGUGUUGAAUGUUGUCUACUAUAUAUCGUGGAAUUUAACUUAUUUCAGAAUGUGAAGUAGUUUAGAUGACUGGAUGAUUAUGAGCAGCAGUUUCUUUUUCACUAAGCAUCCCUGGAUUGGACAUAUCAUCUGUGAAAUCACUUCAGUUUUAACCUCUCAUGCUACUAAGACCCAGCCGUGUUUUAUUUUGUGUUCAUGUAGUGCUUUCCAUAAAGUAGGAACCACACCAUACAGUACAAAUAAUUACAUUUAACAUAAUGUGUCAGAGCCACUCUGAUGGCAUAUUUAGCUGUAGCCCAAGCUCUCUAUAUGAUAAAUAUACUUUAUAGCUGGAUUGUCACUUGUGCAUUGUCUUAAUACUGUUUCUGGCUGUGUAUUUUCUUUCUUUUUUUUUUCUUUUCCUGUAGUUAUUCAGUUUCCUUUUUGGGUCCCUGUGUUUGACCACAAUGCUACGUAUGGUGAUUACUAGAAGCCCCUGUGUAUGAAGAGAGAUGUCAGUAUUAUCACAAGUCAGUACUUUAAUGUUCCCAUCCGUAAACAGUGCUUGUUGCAGGGUGUGUGUUCAGCUAAUAAAGAGAAACUCUUGGUUUA